AUUAUAGUUAGAUAUAGAUACUUAUUACUUGGAAACUAGACUAAGAUACUCAUGGCUAAUUUGUUAUACCUAUUUAUGUCGUAAACCAAAAUAUAUAAAUGUAGUCACUAGUUUUAUUUUUCUAAAAUUGUUGACAGUCAAAAUGGCAAUGAAGCCCAAUUAAAAUUUUAUUUGAAAAUUAUUGUCUGUGAUGGAUACUUCUGCAAAAACCGACGAAUCCCAAAACUCCUCCACGCAGCAGGAUGGCGAGAAUAAACUUAAAAUAUUUGAWAAAAUUGUGUAUUUUUCAAGUGGUUCGAUCGGAGAUGAGGCAUUAUUGGUGCUCAAAAACAGCAAUGCCGAAUCAACAUGUUUGUUAUCUGAUUCAGUUACACAUUGUAUUGUCGGAAAAAAUUAUGCAGAAGCUGAUGUUAGUGCUGCAAGAGAAUUAUAUGAUGUCACUACUGUAACUCCAGAAUGGAUCCGAAUGUCUGUUUUGUGCAAUAAACUUCUACC